AUGGGUUGUGUAUCCAGCAAGAGGAAAACUGGUUCGACUGAAACUACUUCGACUAUGUUCAAAGUUACAAACAUAGAUUAUAGUGGUAAUGAAAUAAACCAUGGUCAGAUUGAAAUCACUGAUAGCGAUUUGGUAAUGCAUUAUGCAAAUGAUAAAUCAACCAUUUCAUGUCCACUGAGCACAAUCCGACGUUACGGAUAUGAGGAUUUUAUGUUCUGCUUCGAGGCUGGUCGUUUGUCUCCCUACGGACAAGGAAUAUUUGCAUUUAGAAGCAAAGAUGCUGACAAAAUUUUCAAUACUAUCAAAGCACAUCUACAGAUUUCAAAUGACACAAAUAUGGCUGAAGAUAUGUCUUCUGAAGUGCAUUUUUAUUCUGGUCUUUUGCGGCCAAAAGCAUAUCAACACGAAGAAGAGGUCUACGAUGAAGUCAGAUUUAGUGGACCAAGAAACCGCAAUCAAUCAAACGUUGAAUCUCCAUACCUAGAGCUGAACCCUGACAGAUCUUACUGCGCUAUUUAUGAGAAUAUACUGAAUUCUAAUCAAAAUAAUGAUGUGUUGGUGGACAAUGCUGAUAAUGGUAAUUCUUAUGCAUCUCCUAACGAUGUAGUUACUUAUACGGAAGUUGAAAUUGCUGUUUGUAAACCUAAAAACAAUAAAAAUAAGAAUGAUUUGCCACCACCACUUCCUCCUAAAAAGGAAAUUUCGGAUUAUACAGUGAUAGAUUUUGUACGAACAAGUCACUUACAUAAUAAAAAUUUGUUCAAAUGUACUUCUAAUACAGGUACCAGAAGAACUCGACAUGAUUAUGGAGUGAGUACUCCUUAA